AGUACCAUGGAGAUGAAGUUCUCAUGGCUUCUUCUGCUCGGGCUUCCGGCCGUGUGGAUGCUCGCCGCCGCGGCCGACGUCCCGGUAGCGAGGGCGCCAGGCUGCUCAACGAGGUGCGGCGAGAUCGACGUCCCGUACCCGUACGGCCUAGAUCCGCAGUGUGCGAUCCACGAGGAUUUUCUGCUCAACUGCACCACCGUGGACCGCACCACCAAGCUGCUUCUCGGCGGCUUGGAGGUGAUCAAGUUCUCCAUACCCGACGGCAAGGUCUGGGUCAAGACUUGGAUGGCUCGGCAGUGCUACAACCAAACCACCAACAGUACCGACAUCAUCAACGCAUGGCUGAACCUUCCCAGCACCUACGUUUUAUCUUCGGAUGAUAACAAAAUCAUCGUCAUCGGGUGCAAAAGUCUCGCCUACAUGAGGAGCAACUCCUACGUAAUCGGCUGUUCGUCGACAUGCGACGACGGCAAGCACGCCCCCAAGAACGGCUCAUGCUCCGGUGCUGGGUGUUGCCAGGCAGAUCUCCCGAAAGGUGUGCAGUCUUAUCAAAGUUCCUUCAAUGAGAACAACAGCAGUCAGCAACAUUGGAGGGGGCCUUGCAACUACUUCGCAAUGGUGGAAACCGCAUCCUUCAACUUCAGCACCACUUAUCUCACCUCAACGGCGUUCUACGACAUGGACAAUGCACGCCAGCCUGCUGUACUGGAAUGGGGGAUAGCACAGAUCAAUACAUGUAAAGAAGCCAGAACUAACAAGACUACUCCCUAUGCAUGUCUCAGCAGCAAUAGCGACUGCAUCAUCACCAGCUACGUGGGGUACCGCUGUAAGUGCUCCCCGGGAUACAAAGGCAAUCCAUACGUCCCUGACGGCUGCACAGGUUCCUCUCUAGCUUCAUGCCCAUUAUUUUCCUGCUCCUUAUUUCCCCCUGUGUUUCUCCUGUUCGCUGAAAUUCUGAAAAGGAAUGGAAUGAUUCUAACCAAAAUCAGUGCUGCACCUUUUUCAGAUAUCGAUGAGUGCCAAGACAAUGUUACUUACCCGUGCGCUGGAAUAUGCAAAAAUACACCGGGGAGUUCCAUUUGUUCAUGCCUGCCAGGACAAGAUAAGAUCAAUGGCCUUUGCGUGAAAGCUCACAAGUCUAUUUGGGUGGCGCCGGUUGUUGGCGGAAGUGUUGGACUAGUCGUUCUCCUGAUAGUCACCACUUGUGCAUACUUAAUCCGAGAGAGGCGUAAGCUGCACCACAUCAAACAAAAGUAUUUUCGGCAGCAUGGUGGUCUGAUCCUAUUCGAGGAGAUGAAAUCACAGCAAGGUGUUGCCUUCAGAAUCUUCUCGGAAGAGGAACUACAGCAAGCCACACACAGGUUUGAUGAGCAACAGGUCAUUGGCCAUGGAGGCCAUGGCAAAGUCUACAAGGGAGUUUUGAAGACUGAGGUCGAAGUAGCCGUGAAAAGAUGCAUGACAAUUGAUGAGCAACAAAAGAAAGAAUUCGGCAAGGAGAUGCUAAUCCUAUCCCAAAUCAACCACAAGAACAUUGUCAAGAUCCUCGGCUGUUGCCUCGAAGUUGAAGUGCCCAUGCUGGUGUAUGAGUUCAUCCCAAACGGUACACUGUUCGAUCUAAUCCAUGGUAAUCACGGCCGACACAUCUCCUUGGGCACUCGCUUGAGGAUUGCCUAUGAGUCUGCAGAGGCAUUAGCUUACCUUCAUUCCUGCGCAUCUCCACCAAUCCUCCACGGUGAUGUCAAAUCUACAAACAUCCUCCUGGAUGGUGACUACGCAGCAAAGGUCUCCGACUUUGGUGCGUCCAUCCUAGCACCAAGCGACAAAUCGCAAUUUGUCACGCUAGUCCAAGGAACUUGUGGGUACCUUGACCCGGAGUACAUGCAAACAUGCCAAUUAACAGAUAAGAGCGACGUGUAUAGCUUUGGAGUUGUUCUCCUAGAGCUGCUCACGCGCAAGAAGGCAUUCAACCUUGAAGGGCCGGAGCACGACAAGAGUCUAUCGAUGAGGUUUCUAUCCGUGAUGAAGGAAAACAAGCUUGAAGAUAUCCUUGAUGAUCAAAUCAAGAACAAUGAGAAUGUGGAAUAUCUUGAGGAGAUUGCAGAGUUGGCGAGGCAAUGCUUGGACAUGAGUGGUGUGAAUAGGCCAUCAAUGAAGGAGGUUGCAGAUAAUCUUGGGAGGUUGAGGAAGGUCAUGCAGCAUCCAUGGGCACAUGAAAAUUCUGAAGAGUUGGACAACUUGCUUGGAGAGACCUCUAUGUCUAUGGUCAGCUCGGCUGUUACUACAGAAGCUUUCAGCAUUGAAAAGAAAGUUGCUAUGGGCUUCGAAUCAGGGCGUUAGCCAACUGUGUGUGCCGUUGUGUUGUUGCAUAUCCUAAUAUAAAGGUGAUGUAACUGUUUUCUUAGAUUGUUUUUAGGAAUUAGACUUUGUAGAAAAAUUAUUUCUUCGUGGCCCAUCGAAAUGAUGUUUGCCAUGGCUAUUACAUUUA